AUGGUUCAAUUAUCUCUUCAAACUCUCUUGCCCAUUGCUCUUUGCCUUUCAUCUUUUGCUUCUGCUGCUCCGGUUGAUGGCUUAACUAAAAGAGCACCAAAGGUCCUUGGGUUGGACUUCGAUGUCGUCAAGGCACCUUUGAAUGAAACCCUUCUGAGUCUCGUGAAGCGUGGUACCCCCAACUCCCCACUUAUUAAUAAGCUGUAUUACUAUAUCACUUAUUUAUUAUUGGGAAGCAACAAGCAAAAGAUCGGUGUUGAUAUUGAUACCGGUUCAUCUGACUUGUGGGUUCCAAACUCUCAAACUUCUGGAACAGUUAAGGAAUAUGGUUACUACGACCCUUCUAAGUCUACUACUGCAAAGGACAUUCACAAACUGUUUAAGAUUAACUAUGGGGAUAAAACCUCAUCAACUGGAGAGUUCUAUACUGACACUGUUUCUCUUGGUGAUGGCUCAGGUAAACUUAGUAAUUUCCAAUUUGCAAGUAUUAGUCUGACCAGUGUAUCUCAAAGUGGAAUUUUAGGAAUUGGUCUUAAUACCCUUGAAGCAAAUGUUGUGUACAAUGGAGAUGUUCCAUAUAACAAUUUCCCACUCGCUUUGAAGAAUGCAGGCUACAUCGAUAACGCUAUUUACUCCUUAUACUUGAAUACUCCUGACGCAACUGGAGGUUCAAUUCUUUUCGGUGGAAAAGAUGUCGCAAAAAUCGAUGGGCCACUCAUCACACUUCAACAUAGUGGUGAAUACAAUAGACUUGAUAUUACUGUGGAUUCUGUAACUGUUGCUGGUAAUCAAAUUACUGUAUCUGCACCAUUUAACCUUGAUAGUGGAUCUACUGUCUCCUAUUUCCCAACCGAUAGUUUCAACCAAAUUGUCGAUUCUCUUGGCGGUGAUACCUCAAACUUAUUCUAUAAACGUCCAACAGUGGCUUGCUCUGCCGCAACUGGUAACCUUUCCUUUACCUUUCAUGGUAUUACCAUUGAUGUCCCACUCAGUGACAUUGUUUUAGAAACCGGUGAUGGUGGAUGUUUCAUCAAUCUUUUCGGAACUGAUGAAGAAGCAAUUCUUGGUGACAAUUUCCUUAGACGUGCUUAUGUUAUCUAUAACCUUGAAAACAGUGAAAUCUCCCUUGGUAAGCCAAAGUACACCACGGCAUCAAGUAUUGUUAGCUUGUAA